AGGUAACUAAGAAAAAAAUAGCGAGGAGGAGAAAAAACCCUUAGGGCUUGUUAUGGGGUUAGAGUGAAAGAAACCACGAUUUUUUUCCAACCUUCUUUACCAGUUAAACCAGUAACUCUGGAUAGAGCACACAAGUACCGGAUCAGGUAGAGUCUGUGGUCGCAAACUCUUUCGUCCUCUCUUCGAAAAUAAUCUCCUUUUCUUCUUCGUUUACUGCAAUUGAAUUUCCAGCUCUUUUGUUUGCUUCUCUUAUCACUUGGAGGAAGGUGAACCCUCGUGUUAUUUUUUUUUUUUUUGGUCUUUGCUUUUAAUUGUAGUUUUUACCCUUGUGGUCCCUGAUGGCUUCGCACAGUGAUACUCUGGUGGUGUUCUUUGGGGCAACAGCUGGUGCAAAUGGGGGUAAACUGGGUUCGGAUGAGAGGGAAUUAAUUCUCUUGGUGUGGCAAAUUGUGGAUCUACAUGAGAAAAAGGUGGGGAAACUUCAGAGACGUCUAGUAAAGCCGGACUCAUUGGAUUUAACAGAACAAUGUAAAGAGGAGACCGGCCUGACCGUGGACGAACUUUUGAAGGCCGAACCACUGGACAGCGUUCUUCAACAGUUCCAGCAGUCGGUGUCUGCAGAAGUGAAAGCCCUUGGCAGAAGUUCUUACACGCUGUGCGUUGAUGGCCCUUUGAUAAUUCGACAGGUUCUCCACCCAGAAGCUUCCAAAAAGAAUUUGGUCCUGCCCGAGUGUUUUUACUCCUUUGUGGACUUGAAGAAAGAGUUUUACAAAUGCUGUCCCAACGCAGGCCCCGCCAAAGACCUCACCCUGCCAUCCAUGCUGGACUAUGUAUGUAUACCUCCCGUUACGGAUCAAAUGGCGGGGGCAACAGAGGUGGAGAACAUGGUCCAGGUCACACUACACAUCCUGGCUGAGCCUUACAGUCACAAGUUCACAGGUUUUGAAGCCGUCAAGUACAAGUUUGAAUCAGGAGCAUGCAGCAAAACUGAAGCAGUGGACAGCGAGACGGUCAUCCGGGCCAGGGGGUUGCCAUGGCAGUCCUCCGACCAGGACAUUGCACGCUUUUUCAAGGGCCUCAACAUUGCAAAGGGUGGUGUUGCUCUGUGUCUGAAUGCUCAGGGAAGGAGGAAUGGCGAGGCCCUGGUGCGUUUCAUCAACUCUGAGCACAGAGACAUGGCACUGGAGCGUCACAAACACCACAUGGGCAGCCGCUACAUAGAGGUCUACAAGGCCAGUGGUGAGGAGUUCCUGAAGAUUGCUGGAGGCACAUCCAACGAGGUGGCUCAGUUCCUGUCCAAAGAGAACCAGGUGAUCAUCCGGAUGCGUGGCCUGCCCUUCACCUCCACCCCCCAGGAUGCACUGGGCUUCCUGGGCCCCGAGAGCCCAGUGACUGACGGCACCGACGGGCUCCUGUUUGUCAAGUACCCAGACGGGCGCCCGACGGGCGACGCCUUUGUGCUGUUUGCCUGUGAGGAGUACGCCCAGAACGCCCUGAAGAAGCACAAGCAGAUCCUCGGCAAGAGAUACAUCGAGCUGUUCCGCAGUACGGCCGCUGAGGUGCAGCAGGUGCUGAACCGCUACAUGUCCACUCCUCUAAUCUCCACCCUGCCGCCUCCUCCCAUGGUGCCGGUUCCUGUACUGGCCACCCCACCCUUCCUGGCAACAGGCACCACGCGGGAUUGUGUCAGGCUCCGGGGCUUGCCCUACACCGCCGCCAUCGAAGACAUCCUGGAGUUCAUGGGAGAGCACACCAUCGACAUCAAGCCCCACGGGGUUCACAUGGUGCUCAACCAGCAGGGGCGCCCAUCUGGCGAUGCCUUCAUACAGAUGAAGUCUGCUGACCGGGCCUUCAUGGUGGCGCAGAAGUGCCACAAGAAGAUGAUGAAGGACCGCUACGUCGAGGUGUUCCAGUGCUCCACCGAGGAAAUGAGCUACGUGCUGAUGGGGGGUACCCUCAACCGCAGUGGCCUCUCCCCUCCACCCUGCAAACUACCCUGUCUCUCUCCCCCGACAUACGCUGCCUUCACCAGCCCUGCAGCCCUCCUCCCCACUGAGGCGGCCCUCUACCAACCCCCCCUGCUGGCCACGCCGAGAACUCCCCAGCCAACGCAUACGGCCGCCCCAACCCUGGCCUACUAUCCCCCGCAACCACACGCCCAGCUCUACAUGAAUAUGAACAUGAACUACACAGCCUACUACCCCAGGCCCCUCAGUCCUCCCGUGUCCCCUUCCACGGUGAGCUACUUCGCGGCCCCCCCGGGCUCUGUGGCGGCGGCCGUCGCUGCCCAGCCCAGCCCUGCCAUGCUCCAACACGGAGCGCAGCACGGGGCGCUGGUGCGCAUGCAGGGCCUGCCCUACAACGCCGGCGUCAAGGACAUCCUCAGCUUCUUCCAGGGCUACCAGUACGCUCCCGAUGAGUACAGCAGCAUGGUUCAGAUGAGCGAUCAGGCACGGAGUCUGAUCCAGCCAAAAGAGUGGCUCUGCCUGUAAGGGAGACCCACAAGCUGAGUGCCGACGCCAUCCUGGUGCUGUACAACCUGAGUGGCCAGCGCAGCGGCGAGGCCUUGGUGACCUUUCCCAGCGAGGAGGCGGCCAGGCGGGCCGUGGCCGAGCGCUCCAACCAGAACCUCUACGGUCACUCCGUGCGCCUGCUUUGCUGCAAGUGACCAGGAUGGGAGGACGGAAAGGGGGAAGGGGGGGAAAAAAAGGAAACAAAAAAAAAUAAUGCAAAAGAGAGGACUGCACUUCACCACUUCACUCCUGACACCGACUGCUUUGUUUUUUUGUGAGAACCAGACCAGCACCUCCCUCCCUGCCUCCCUUCCUUCUCUCCUCUCCUCUCCUCUUCUACUCCCACUGGAGGACAGCCAACAUGCUACAUGUAUAAACUCUUAUGUACAUAUUGUAUUUAUAUAUACAAACGUGUCUCUAGAAGUCUCGCUCAAAGUGCCUGUGCUGUGUGCGUCAGUGUGUGCAUGAGAGAGUGCGUGUGUGGACUUGUGAGCAUGGAUUCUUCUGGCCCUACACUGUACUAACACCAUUCUCUAGUGGUGGAGACGAUAAAAAAAAGAAAAAAAAUAUAUUCAUAAAGGCAUUGAAGUCCCUCAAAGUUUGACGGGAUGUUUAUUUUGCCGAACAAAAUAAGUGCUGCAUUACGACAAGGAAAGCUCUUCCUAUUUAAAACUCGUGUCUUUGCUUGUCCCUUGGAUGAUGUUUGAUUUUCCCCCGUAACUGUAAAACUGACAUGCCAAGGCUGUUGCAAUAUAAUAUUAAAGCCAUAUGCUGUUGAUCACUUAGCCUUGCAGUGCACACUGGAGGGCAAAGGGAAAGCCAAAGCACUACUGAUGACGGUCUUGACUAGAUGGUCAGUCUAGUCCAAGCCACUGUGUGCAGAAGCGAAAAAAAAAAAAAAAAAAAUCAAAGCCAAAUGUGUCUGUGCUUUUUUGUUGCAGUAAGAAGAAAAAGAUGUUAUGUUAUUCUAUAGAAAGUGUCAAAGCACUGUAGAACUCGAGAAGCUUUUUAUACUUUGUAUCAGAUGCUAUAAUCAAGUAUAGACCAAAUGUGCCUCUAACUGUGUACUCUUUUGCAUGUCUUGUAAAUGUGAUUUAAUAGUUUAAUCCAUCCAAUCCCCUUAAAAAAAAACCCCGUUAUUUUAUUGAAGCAGGAGCUGAAUAUUUUUUGUCUGUUUUGCAUGCUUUUCAUUGUCAUCAGUAGAUUAUCAAAGAGGCUUUUCUUUUGUUGAGUUGAUUCUUCGAGGAUGUCAUUUGUCAAAAACACUUAAAGUGCCCUCCCCAGUCCCAAAUCCACUCCCUUACCUUAGGUUUGUUUUUUUAAACCAGCAACGUCCUUCUACGUCCUGUUUCUUCAUGACUGUGACGAGGCCACUGGGACAGUUUCUCUUUCUUGAUUUUGCCAUGCCAGCAUCAUUCAGGGGGCAGUGUUAAGGGAUGAGUGGGCCUGCAACAGCAGUGCAUGUUUGUUUUUUUUCCUCCCCUUUAAACAAGUUUGAAACUUGUUUGAGUUUAGAAAUGCUCUCUUUUGUGACUCCUGUAUGUUGACAAUAAAUCAAAAAUGCUCCUUGA